AUGGACCAACCGACCCCGUCCAAUAGUGUCACCCAAGUGUCCGCGUGCUCUAGCAGGUCGGAAGUUGUGAACCCGCUUUAUAUGGAGGCGUACUGUCAGUCGUUGGAGCAGCCGGAAUCGUUUUGGGGUGAUCUGGCGAACCAGCUCAUCGACUGGGAUCAGCCGUGGACGCAAGUGCUGGAUGAUAGCAACAGUCCCUUCACAGCGUGGUAUGUGGGUGGAAAAUUGAACGCAUGCUACAAUGCGGUCGACCGGCAUGUACUGGCUAACAAGGGUAGCAAAGUCGCCCUUAUCCACGACAGCCCGACAACCAACACUGUGCGUCAUGUAACGUACAACGAGCUUUAUGAUAAGGUGUCGCGGUUGGCGGGCGGUUUGCGGAAGUUGGGUGUGCAAAAGGGUGAUCGGGUUGUGAUUUACAUGCCACUGAUACCCGAGGCCAUUAUCGCCAUGCUGGCAACAGCCCGUCUAGGUGCUGUUCAUUCCGUAGUUUUCGGAGGGUUUGCCGCCAGCGAGUUGUGCACGCGAAUAGAGCAUGCCGAACCGAAGGUCAUCAUUGCGGCCAACUGCGGAAUCGAGCCGCACAAAAUCAUCUACUAUCUGGACAUCCUGCACGAGGCAGUUGCGAUGUCGAGCUGGAAACCGCUAAAGAACAUUAUCUACAGACGCUCCAACAUACUGAUGUCGGAUCUAGACGAGACGUUGGACAUUGCUUGGGAGAGUGCGCUGGAUGUUGGGGUCGAUUGUGUCCCGGUGGAUGCGAACGAUCCGUUGUACAUCCUGUAUACUUCUGGAACAACAGACAAACCCAAAGGCAUACAGAGACCCAUCGGAGGGCACCUGGUCACGUUGAUGUACACCAUGAGCGCAAUCUACGGUCUACAGCCGUCGGAUGUAUGGUGGAACGCAUCGGAUCUUGGGUGGGUCGUGGGACAUUCGUACAUCUGCUACGGUCCACUGUUGUACGGUGCGACCAGCGUUAUGUACGAGGGUAAACCCGAUCGAACGCCCGAUCCGGGACAAUACUUCCGCAUCAUCGACCAGCACAAGGUAUCGGCAGUGUUUUCCGUUCCAACCGCAUUCCGCGUCAUCCGACGGGUUGAUCCGGAUGUCACCUAUGGCCGCAAGUACAGCCUCAAAUCGUUGCGUACUAUCUUUAUCGCUGGUGAACACUGCGAUCUGGAGACGAUGAAAUGGAUACGCAAAACCUUCAAAGUACCUGUGCUGAACCAAUGGUGGCAAACGGAGACGGGUUCGGCCAUCACGGCGACGUGUGUCGGGUUUGCGCAAAAUUUGCAGACUCCAGCAUUUACCACAGGGCUUCCGUUCUGUGGCUACGACAUCCAUGUGCUGGACAGGAAUGGCCGCGAGGCUAAAACGAAUGAGCUCGGACGUAUCGUGGUGAAGCUGCCAUUGCCACCAGGCAAUAUGGCUACGCUGUACCGCAGUGACGAGCUGUUUCGUAAGACGUACUUCCAGCGAUUUCCGGGUUACUACGACACGAUGGACGCUGGGUACAAGGAUGAAAACGGCUACAUUUACGUAACGGCCCGUGACGAUGACGUGAUAAAUGUUGCCGGGCAUCGCAUUUCAACUUCCAGCCUCGAGGAUGCCAUCCUGCGGCACCCGGAUGUGGCGGAUGCUGCCGUUUUUGGUGUGCCGGAACCGACCAAGGGCCAGAUUCCACUCUGCCUGUACGUGACCAAGUCGAACGUAUCCAAACCAGCGGCCAAGAUAUCUGUUGAACUGAUAAACAUUAUCCGGGAGGUGAUUGGACCAAUUGCUGCCUUCAAACUAGCCGCCCAAGUACAAAGUCUUGCCCGAACCAGAUCCGGUAAAACGUUGCGCAAAGCGAUGGCAGAUCUGGCGGCAAACAAACACAUUGCCAUCCCGGCGACGAUUGAGGAUCCGCACGUGUUUGUCGACAUCAAGCGAGCCCUACGCGAGCUGGGUUAUGCUAUGACCGCGCCCGAUCCGGAACUACGACAAACCGUAAGAUAG